ACCCUAUCUUGCUCUCACUCACACGCACGCCUGUCACUGCGAUCAAUGGCUCGACUUCCUCCUGUGGUAGGGCUGUGCCACAGAACAUAGAAAUUGACUUGCGCUGCUCAGUUCAAAACAGUGGCAGUACAAGCAGUAUCACAUAGACGUUGAAAUCCCCUGUAUUCUGGCACUCAUCAGAUGAAAUGAGCGCAGGGGAUGUGGUUUGCACAGGCUGGCUCAUCAAAUCCCCCCCUGAGAAGAAAUUAAAGAGAUAUGCAUGGAGGCGACGGUGGUUCGUGCUGCGAAGGGGCCGAAUGAGUGGGAACCCUGACGUCCUGGAAUACUACCGCAGCAAGAGCUCCAAGAAACCCAUCCGCACUAUUGACCUGAGGGAGUGCGAGGUCCAGAUGCCCGCUGACUUGCAGCUUAUUAAGCGCAAUUUCCAGAACCAGCACCUGUUCCUAGUCAAAACCUCUUCCCGCAUCUUCUACUUGGUCGCUAAGACAGAAGAUGAAAUGAAAAGCUGGAUACGUAAUAUUAGUCAAAUCUGCCAUUUUGAGUUAAUGAAUGAUAGUGCAGACUCACUGGAUUCUGCCCAGCAACAUUCACCUGCCCAGUCGCCAGGCACGAUCCACACUGUCAGUGCAGACCUUCCUCGUAAUGCUGAUGCCCCGGAUGUGAGCUGCAGCGACUCAGAAUCCAGCCCGCCACUGGACUAUCUCUUUCUGUCACAAUGUGAGACAGGGAGGGUCCCGAUGACCAGCUGCAACAGCUGUUCAAACUCAGACAGAUCCAUAGAGUGCAGCUCUUCGGAAAACACCUUUGAAGAAAUGUUCUCCUCGCCCCUCUGUUUCAACCCAUUUUCACCAUCGCUGCCAGUGGCCCCCACAGAGCCUCCCCUCAGUGCCUCCUCCUGUAUCUCGUCACAGAAUUGCCACCCUUUGCCAGAUGUCUUCAAGUUUGAUACUUUAUCCUCUGGCCUGAUGCUAAAUGGCCUCAUGGAUAGCUUCAGCCCUCCAGCAAGGCCUCCAAAGCCCAGCCAAUGUAACUGGGAUAGCACGUGCCUUGUCACAGUCUCCCGGAGAACCUCAUUGGGGGGACCCGAUCAUUUCAGGAGACGGGAAUUCGAAGGCAACUCAUUAAAAAGCUUGAAUAAAAGGCUCAGCCUUAAUUUGCCUUCCCUGGUUACAGUUCAUAAUCCUCAAUGGAUUGACUGCAAUGAAGACUCGUACAUUCCCAUGGAUUCUCGGGUUUCCUCCCCCGUCUCCACUUUGGACAAUUCAUCAGAUGGAUACAUUCCAAUGAGUCCCACUUCUGUGAGCCUUCUCACAUCUAGUGACAGAGAUGAGACCCCUCCCCCUAUCGUGCCCCUGCGUGGCUUACCCUACGAAGUGGACCCACCUCCAGUCAAUCGGAAGCUCAAGCCUAGAAUGAGAGCAAGACCACCGCCUCUUGACCUGCGGAGCCUUUCCACAAUCAGAGAAUCUGACACACACUUGCCUCUGACAAGGACUCGAACAGAACCCAGCAGCUUUGCACACCGUCUGCCACUGAACAACGAAGCAGCAAUGACUGGGCCUCCAGGAAGCCUAGACAACAGCUGCCUCUCAAAGGGCUUGAACCAACACUUCUUCCCAACAAAUGGCAAUGCAGCUUUCCCUUGGCUGAGAAGAGCGAAUCUGGAUUAUCUUUCCCUGGACUUCAACUCUGCCUCUACCUCGCCUGUCCAGAUGAAGCCCAUUUUUGCUGAUGAAGACAGAGUGGAUUAUGUACAAGUGGAUGAAAAGAAGACACAAGCCCUGCAGAACACUAAAAUGGAGUGGAAGGAUGUCCGACAGUCUAAAGUAUAAUGCGUCCUGGGGCACAAGAAGUAUAUGUUUCAUAUACGGUACAUCAGCUACAUAUGCUGUACACCACAAUUGUGAUUACUUUGUAAUAAAAAGUGAUAAUUUAUAUUUUCAAAAUAAGAGAAAUAUCGAAAUAUUUGUAUGCCGAUUCUGUGGCAGUAGUAAUCACAGUACACACAUUAUGGCUUGGGGCUGUACAAAAUUGCACGGUUAAAAGAAUAUGAACCUAAGAGACACUUGACACCGACUCAUAGAUAUCACAAAAAGCUAGCAGUGCGUGUCCUGUGAUAUGUAAAUCAAAUUCUAAAACAUAUAUCAUUUCUAUGACAAGUCAUUCCAUCUCGGUCUUUCACACUUACCCAUCUCCUCCGAAAACCUAGAUCUUAUCCACUUAAUAUCUGUUUGCGAGAUGAGAGCCAUUUGUGAGAAAGUCACACAAGGCAAUGAUUACAGUACACUGCGUCUUCCCUCAUAGUCUGCUACAUCAUUUAAUGUCAUAGUACAUCAAUGGUGUAUUACUGUAACGCUCACACUCAAAUUCCCUUUAUAUUUAAGGGAGUUUUUGGGUUUCUUUCAAUGUACAGUGGUGCCUGUGGUUCACGAACACAAUCCAUUCCAGGAAAGUGGUCGUGAACCAAUUUGGACGCGAACCAAGGCAAUUUUUCCCAUAAGAAAGAAUUGAAAUUUGAUUAAUUCGAAUAAUCCCACCAAAUAAUACUUUUUGUUAAUUAAUUUUAUAGUAAAAACUUUAAAGAAAAAUACAAUAGUGUGUGCGGACCGAGGCAUGGUGGGUAUAUCUGGUCCGAUCCUCACGUGUAUUUAACGUGUGUAAAUCUUCCACCGUAUGUGCAUCUUACAGUUCGGCGUCUUACAACCUUGCGUUCCCCGUCUGUGUAUUUGGGCUCGGUGCUCUUUGGGUGCCUGUUGUGGUCCUACUAUUUACAAUUGCACGUGGGGCAUGCUGGGACAUGCUGGGACAUGCUGGGGCAUGCUGGGACAUGCUGGGACAUGGCCCCGCCGGUGCUACACUAGUAAAAAAAAAUAAUCUGGUUGAGGAAUCUGUUCGUCAACCAAAUUUUGUACGCGAACCAAUGCAUUUUUUUCACAAAAUUUUUGGUCGUGAACCAAAUUGUUCAUAGACCACAGCGUUCGUGAACCGCAGGUACCACUGUAUUAUAUAGUAUAUUUUUAAAUAUUAAUUAUAUAUGAAGGAAAAUUCUUGCUUAUGCUUAUGUGCAUAAAAUAAAAUGCAAGUAUAUUAACUAAAGCUACUUUGUUCUACACAUAUGUUACAUGUUCUCAUGCCUGAGACUAUAACCCUCUCAAAAGGUAUUACUGAGCACUGGAAAGGGUACAUGAUGUUCUGGAAAUGUUUUCUAAUCUAUUAAAAUAUCUAUACACUGUUAAAAUACAUAUUUAUUUCUUUUGGAUUUUCACUUUGCCAGUAGUAAAAUGUAUGUACAAUACUUAUGUUUUUAACAACUAAAGAAGGUUGCUGAUAGUUUAAACAGAUAGUUUAAAAAUGUAUCAGCUCUAUAGCAUACUAUGAUAAUGAUGUGGGCAGCUGAUGAUUAAAAAGCAUUCGCCAUUAAAAUAUUUUCACUACACCAUUUUUGUUUUAUAAAUGUUGUAUUUUAUGUUAUAUGGUACAGAACGCUUCACAGUUCAUGUUUACUGCCAAAAAGAGGAGAUGUUUUCAAACAGUACCUAAAAUAAAUUUCAUUUUGGCAAUGAUGUGUAAGUAACACAUACAUAACUAGUAAAUUAUUUUUUUUAAAGGCUAUGUAAGUUACAAAAUUUAAAAACUGUAUAUGUUUAUAAAAAAUAAACAAUAUAGCCAAGUC